AUGUUGAGAAUCUUGGGGAAAUCCGGAAAGGUGCAGCCUAUUGAGGCCGGAUCUGGGUCAGACAUGGAGGAGUACGACGUCGUGGAGGACCUGUCUUCCUGGGAAUUCGUGAACCAAUCCGAUGACGAGGACGACGACCGGUACUCCUUCAACGAGGACGAUCUAGAUAACGACGACGGCCAUGAUGAAAUUUCGAUGAAACGUGAAGAUCCAUUUCUUCUUGGCUCUCCAUCUUCCGAUGUCUCCAUGGAAUCGGUCUCGCCUCCCCAGAUCUCGAGCCCGCUUGAUGUCCCCUCAGUUGGGCUUAAUCAUGAUUACCGAUACAACUAUGACUACGAACAUGAUUAUGCCAACAAUGAUGAUGAAGAUGAAGAUGAAGAUGAAGACGAAGAUGAAGACGAAGACGGGUACGAUUUGGACGAUGAAUUGGUUCCCAGAUGGGUGAGCGAUAAGCUUGGAAGGCAGCAGCGGAUAAGGAAAAUGGGUAAAAGGGGGAGUCCGAUGAUGAACAAGGCUAAAGGCUUGCCCUAUUACAUCCACAAGCCAGGAUCUGUCCCCUCCAAGCUAAGGUGA